UUAAUCCAAAAUAAUCUAUGAUGGGAUUUGGUGGGCGUUGAAAGAAUCCAAAUUGAUCUUUUCCUCCCAGAACAUGAGAAGAGAAGGGUUGUGCAGAGCGUCGGCUUCCCUCCAUGUAUUAAUUUAUUAGUUUACUGUACUCUAAUAACAUCUCACCGGAAUUAUCCCCUCCCAUAAAACUUAAACGACACACAAAAACACACGCGCAUAAAUGUGGUGGAGAUCGGCGUCUUUCAUUCUCGACAAACAACAGAACGACGCCGUUCCCAAACUACGCAACCCGCCCGACACUCUCACUCCCCCAUCUCCACCGCCUCUCUCCAUGCCCGACACUCUCCAAAACCCUAACCCUCAAAACAACAUCUCCGCGUAUUACCAGACACGCGCCGCCCACCACGCUGUCGUCACCAGCGACUGGCUCGCCCAGGCCCAGGCAGCCGUCGGCAGUGACCUGGACGGCGCGCCGGAGACCGGUGUCCCCACAGUCGCUGGAAAGCCGUUUAGUGUGAUCGAUGAGUUUAAUAGCUGGAGGAAGCAGCCUGACUUGGCGGAGGCUGUGGCAGCGAUUAGGGCGCUUGCGGCCGUUAUUAGGAACUGUCAGGCUACUACUAUGAUGGAGCUUGAAAUUGAGCUUAAAAAGGCCUCUGAUUCGCUUAAAUUGUGGGACACAACCUCCAUAUCUUUGACAGCAGGUUGCGAUCUGUUCAUGCGGUAUGUAACCAGAACUUCUGCUUUAGAAUACGAGGACUUUAAUUCAGCUAAAUCUCGGUUGAUUGAACGUGCAGAGAAGUUUGGAGAGAUAUCUUGCAAGGCGCGCAGGAUCAUUGCCAUGCUUAGUCAAGAUUUUAUCUUUGAUGGUUGCACUAUUUUGGUGCAUGGUUUCUCCAGAGUUGUGUUGGAAGUUCUGAAAACAGCGGCUCAAAGUAAAAAACUGUUUAGAGUUUUCUGCACAGAGGGAAGGCCUGAUAGGACAGGCUUACGGUUGUCCAAUGAGCUGGCCAAGCUUGAUGUUCCUGUGAAACUCCUUAUAGACUCUGCUGUGGCAUAUACUAUGGAUGAGGUAGACAUGGUGCUUGUUGGAGCAGAUGGAGUGGUUGAAAGUGGAGGAAUAAUAAACAUGAUGGGAACAUACCAGAUUGCAUUGGUAGCCCACAGCAUGAAUAAGCCUGUUUACGUGGCUGCUGAAAGCUACAAGUUUGCUCGUCUCUAUCCAUUGGACCAGAAAGACAUGGGUCCUGCUUUACGCCCUAUUGAUUUCGGGGUUCCUAUUCCAUCGAAGGUUGAGGUUGAAACAUCGGCUUGGGAUUAUACUCCUCCUCAGUAUCUUACUUUGCUCUUCACUGAUCUUGGUGUAUUGACUCCAUCUGUAGUCAGUGAUGAGCUCAUUCAGCUAUACUUGUAGUCGUAUUUGAAUGUAAUUUUAGACACAGUACAUAUCUUGGAUGCGUUUGUAUUUUAUUUUUGACAAUUUUGAAUUCAAUGCAUGAGUAUUCAAGUA